UCCAAAGUGGUGCUGGCUGACACCAGAAACAUUGGAAAUGGACCAACCUUGGAUCACAGAGAGUAUACUAAAAAUGACACUGGAGAUCAUCCACUUGAUGACUGGAGAGGAUUUAAUUGUUGUGAAGAAACCUGGUGACCGUGCUGCAAACAGCCCAACCAUGGAGGUUGAUGUGAAAAAAAAUGAAGAAAAAGUUUUGGAAUUAGCAAAUAAGAUCAUUCAACUGCUAACCGGACAGGUUAUAAUAAACACUGGAGAUGUUGCCGUUUAUUUCACACUGGAAGAAUGGGAUUAUCUUAUAAAAAAUCAGCAUCUAUACAGGGAUGUGAUGCAGAGUGAUUCGUUACUUGGCUCACUGGGCGGAUUGAAAUGCAGAAACAGAAAGAGAGGAAUUUACCAAGCUAAUUUGUCCUCCAAUAACUUAAUUGAAGAUAUAAAGGAUGCCAAAAUGAAUUUGGAUACAAAAUGUUUCAGAACUCAAAAAACAAGUACAAGUAAACAAAAAUCUGAAUUGUAUGUGAAAGAAAAUCCUGUAGAUAUUGCCAAUGAUAAACCUGGAUCACUCCAUUCUACUCACAUCAAUGAAAUUUCACUCUCGAGUAAUAUUAGAGAUUCUAAUAUCCAUACAACCAUAGAACAGACAUCUAUUUGUAUAAGCCAGGAUGCAGCCUUGUGCGACAAAGUAAAACCUCCCGAACCUAACAGAUAUAUACCUACAGAUCAUGUGCUGGCAGAAUACAUUAAAGAUGAAUCUAUCUCCUACAAAGAAAAUUAUUUCACAGACCUUUACAGUUCCACAGAACGCACAACUCGUCUUAUUGGGGAAUCAUUGCAGGCUGAAGGAAAUAUCAACUUAAACAAACGUGCAGCUACAGAACAUAUACAGGCAAACAUUAGCACAAUUAAAGAAGAACCAGGAUUAUGGGAUAAAGAAUAUAGCACAGGCACUGCCACUUACACAAGUGUACCACAGAUAGCAUAUAAAACUAAUCCUAUUAAGGAGAGCUCUCCCAUACAUAAAGGAUUUAUCAUUUUUACAAACCCUAAUGCACAUCCACUUGUUGAACAUAACUCUACCUCCCAUAAACAUCACAAGGCACAUGCUACUUAUACUCCUCCAGAAGGUGAAAAAAAACAAUCAGAUCUACAUUCAAGGGAGGAAAUCAACACAGGCAUCUUUGCAAAAAUUCUGCCCAACUUAUCAAUAAAAAAAUGCAAGAACUGUGGUCAAAGCUUUAAUAGUAGUUCCACCUAUACAAAUCACCAAGGAUCAAGCACCAACCACAACUGCUGUUAUUAUCAGAAGCAUGUUAUUAGUAAUGUAGAACUUCUCAAACAGCCAUCCACUAGCUCAGAGAAGAACCCUCUUAAUUGCUCAGAAUAUGGGAAAUGUUUUUCUUCAGAUGAAAAACUUGUUAAGCAUCAGUGGGAUCACUUUAAUACAAAUAAAUUAUCUUGUUCUAAAUGUGGAAAACACUGCAUUUCGGAAUCUGAACUUCUAACACAUCAGAAAAUUCAUACAAGCACUAAAAUGUCUGUGGGCUCGGAUUGUGGAAAAGUGUUGACCCAAAGAGUAAACCUUGGUAAACAUAUGAGAUCUCAUCCAGACGGCAAAUAUUUUUUUUAUAAAUUUGACCUUAUUCCACAGAAUAAGCUUCACCAAGGAAAAAAGUACAUGUGUUCUGAAUGUGGAAAAUAUUUCACUUCUGAGGCAUUUCUUAUUAGACAUCAAAAGUGUCACUUGGCGAUCAAGCCAUUCUCAUGCUCUGAAUGUGGAAAAUGUUUUCAAAGAAGUGGAAACUUUCUAAAACAUUGCAGCACUCACACCAAAUAUCUGGAAGUGUAGGGUAGUUUAACAUCAUCAUAAUUAUUAUUAAUCUUUUAUAUAUUUGGAGGAACCGGUUUACUCUAACACCAUGACCACUUCUGUGUUUAGUUGUGAUCAUGAUGCAAGGAGUAUGUAAACAAAUGUGGGUGAACGUUGAAAGCUUUACUCGGCAAGUCAAAAAUCUUCUUGUUACACCUGGGAUAAAGCAGAUACAGAAAAAAAUGAGCUUGCCCUACAUGUCAAGGAUUAUUUCAGGAAAGAUAACGAAAGUUCUUAAGGAGGAGCUUCCGGCUCUUUUGGGACCGCAUGUAAGAAGUUCGACCAUUAUAAAAUGGUUUAGCUGCUUACAAUAGGGGUGUAAAUCCUGACACCUCUUUAGUGGUUAUGGUAUUUGGAAUGUUCCUUUUUUAAAUUAAGAAGUGAUGUAAUAUAUUAACAACUUGACAAACAGAAACCAAUACUCUGAGUUUUGAGAAGCUGUGCAAGCUUCUAAUCUAAAAUGGAAAGAACGUAUAAAACACCAGAUGUGUGCACAGUAUGCAGAAGCCUAAAUGUGCUUACUGAUAAUGUUGUUAAUACCACCCAUAUUCCUAUAAUAACCCCUGUUUAAUCAACAUAUUUCUUCUGUUUUCAAAGAGGUGGUGAGGAAGGGAGUGAACUGGAGAAUGCAUGGUGGUGAAUUCUAGAAAUGUGAAUAUCUAACUAGCUCUUAAUUUCUUUGCAGAAGAGUCACUAAAAUACCUCCCUUUAUACAUUAGGUGGCAGUUUUAAUUUACUGGAGUUUUCUUUUCCUGGCAAUUUCCAUGACCGCACCAAUAAUGGGUUAUAUCCUCACUCUGCAGUCAGGACAGGAAGUAUAAAUGAACAAAUGUUAAGAAAUACCCUUCCCUCGGUAAAAGCCUUUGUCUUCUUAUAAAGCCUCCACUGACAAAUGGGAAGUCAAUCCUGCCAUGUAAAUGACCAAGGAAAGAAAAUCUGGUAAGUAUGGUUAAGAAUUUCCUGGCCAACAUGGCAGCAUCUCUAAUGGGCGAUCCUUAAGCCAAGA